CGCUAGGCGCUAGAUUCCCUGUUAUUCUCGGUGCUUUUAUAGACAGACGUAUCUGGGCUAUCUGUUCACAAUAUCCAGUUUUGUCGAAUAUAAAGCACCUCUGAUGUAUGUUGAAACAGUUCAGCAUUUUCUGUAGUUGAUUCGUUUCGUGUACAUUACAAGUGAAAGACAAUAAAACGCGACAAUAUUGAAUCUGAUAGGUUUUGUACCCAGCUGUGACUUUGUAUACUAUACUAUAACCGACAGAGGACGGUUUAGCAAACGAAUUUCGGAUUACGCUAUCCCGACGUAGUAGUAUUGAAAUGACUAAAUAGUGAAAUGAAAUUAGUUUAUAUAGUGCACCUUAAAAUGACCAUUAUAUAUAUAUAUAUAUAUAUAUACAAAACAUUUCAGUGAAAUAUGACGCUAGGACUGUGCAAACUUUACUGCUCCUUAAACACUUCUUGUGUUGAUAAAUACAAAUGGCAAAAAGAAAAAAACACACAAGAAAAAAUCAUGUAACUCUAGUUUGCAGAGUUACUCCAUGUCCCAUGAUUCAUUUCCAGCUUCCUCGUUUCGAUAGCUAUAUAGGUUGUUUAGAGUCUAUAAAAUAUCUGCCGAAAUAUGCUGACUGAUAUGCCUUAGUUAUACACCUGUAUGUGAAUGUACACAUAUAUAAGGACCCAGCAGCUCAGUUUUAUUUAUUUCAGUCGUCAUGGAAACAUAUUACUUAUAUUAAUAACGAACGCAGUUACAGAGUGUUCCCCAGUGUUAAUAUUUUGGGCUAAUUUAGUUCAGCGUUUAUUCAACUGCAUUUGCCUAAUUAACUGAUGAAGCCUGUUCUUCGCUUCAAGCGUAUUAUAAACGUAGUGUAUAUCGUUGUUUACUGUCGACACUCGCGAGUUUAAAAUAUUGAACCGGCUGCUACUUUAUUAGUUCUUUUCAAGCUCCUAUGUUGUGCAUGUUCAGUCAUCAAAGAUUAUGCAAAUCAAAUGUGAGGUAUCAGACAGCUGGCCCGAAAGUGGAUGCAAAAGAUGGCAAAGACAGGGUUCAUGUUGAACAUUACGCGAAUGACAAUUCUUUAAAAGAACGGCUCAUCCGUUUCUUUUUGACAAACCCUAAAACGAGUUAUCGAUGGAAACUCUUCCUUGUCACACUUAAAUUGACUUCCUGUGUUCUUUACGUCAUUCGAACUGAGAGCGAUAAUGAUCCAAUGUCAGCAGGCUGCGGUGACUGUCCAAUUGAUAGAACGUCAGCAAAAUGGUGUUGCCCAGAUUUAAAAGAAUCUAGAUAUUGGAGUCUGUUGUGGAUAGACCGGCCUCUUAUACUAUGGAUUUUACAGACUGUUAUUUCUUUGUUCUGUCUGAUGGAAGUAUUUUUUACUGCUUUCCUGGAGUAUAAGGGCGGAUCGAUACUUUCGAAGAUCACGAUGCGCAUGAUUUUGGAGACAUUUUUAACAUUGCCUCUCUUUGUGUCCAUAUUUUGGCCGGAUUUGAGAAAUUUGUAUAACCCAUUAUACUUGAACUGCUGGAUCGCUAACAGUUUAACAGAAAAUAUGUUUAAUAACGUUCACCAACUACAGAAAAAACAAUCUGCACUGAUGCAGAAAGUUCUUUUGGUGAUUGGGACGUUAACAAGCAUUAUAUUUACAUGUGUCUGUGGAGUGCAGCAUUUUGAACGCGCUCAACACCAAUGGGGUACAUUCAAAAGUCUUUGGUUUGUGGUGGUAACAUUCAGUACAGUAGGAUAUGGGGAUUCAGUUCCGGGUGACUGGCCCGCUCAAACAUUUGUAAUGUUCUCAAUUUUUAUGGCGCUUAUCAUUUUACCGAUGCAGUUUGAACAACUUGCUUUCCACAUGGCGCAAACACAGAAAGAGGGAGGAGCAUUUGGUGGAAUACUAAAAGGAAACAAUCGUCACGUAGUCGUGUGUGGCUCCACGCUUCGCCCAACACUGGUCUUGGAUUUCCUUAAAGAGUUUUACGCUCAGGCAGAAUUAGAGGAAUAUCACGUGGUGUUGCUAUGUCCUUUGGAUAUCGACAGUCAGUUACGAAUGUUGAUUCAAGUGGCAGCCUGGGCACAUAAAGUCUCUUAUAUCAAAGGCUCGGCUUUGAACGACAAUGACCUGGAACGAGCGAGGAUUUCAGUUUCAGAAGGAGUUUUUAUUCUUUCCGAUCGCAGCAGUCCAGACAAAGAAGGCGCAGAUCGUCACACAAUUCUGCGUACGUGGGCUAUUCAAGACUAUGCUCCUGAAGUCCCGCUUUAUGUUCAAAUAUUACAAGCUGAAAACAAAUUUCAUGUCAGUUUUGCAGAACAUGUUGUUUGUGAAGACGAGUUAAAAAACGCUCUGAUGGCAGCCAAUUGUGUCUGUCCUGGGGUUACCACAUUGGUCACAACAUUGCUUCAUACUUUACAUCAACAAGACGGCUCAGCAGAUGUGCCAUGGCAUGAGAUGUUUGGACGUUGCGCUGGAAAUGAGAUUUACGACAUUAAACUCGGUGACAGCACUGUCUUCAGACCAUUUAAUAAAAAGAGCUUUUCUUAUGCUUCAUUUCAUGCUCAUAGAAGGUAUGGUGUAUGUUUGAUUGGAGUGCGGCGAGCGAAGAGUUCAAAAGUUCUGCUAAAUCCUGGCAGCUCGUAUUUGAUGGGAUACAAUGACACGUGUUUUUAUAUAUCGAUGUCGAGUGAAGAGGAAAGUGCCUUUAAGGAAAUAAAGGAGACAAAAUCCACGAAGUUUGGAAGCUCAUCCGGCGACUUUAGCGAUAAUUCAAAUAAGAUUAUGAUCGAAAUGUCCGAUAACAGAAGUAAUGGAGCAACCGCAACAUCCUUGAAUUAUGAAAAUGAAAAAGACGCAGGCAGUGCAAGUAACGGCCAUGUUGCACCUGAAACAGGCUCUUCACAGCCACCACAAGAAACAACAAAUCCCGAACAACAAACUGGGAAUAGUAUUCCACUGGAGCAAAUAAAACAAACAGAUACGUUGUCAGUAGGAUCGUCUGUCAAUUACUUUGUUCCAAGUGAUUCUGACGUUGAAGAUGAUCUUCAAGAUGCUCUGGCUGGUGCCCUUCCUCCUACAAAAAUACCAGAGUAUGUUAUCGAAAUUCCUCCAAUUUCUCCUUAUAUUGGAAGAGUCACUAUGAAAUGCCACUUAUUGCCAGAAAGUCUACCACUAUGUUGUUUGAAUCUUAAAGACAGUUGUGAACACAAUCCCUGCCCAAAACAGAGAGAAGAAGGUGCCAUCAUUCUUGCCUCUCCUGUGGUCGAAGCUGGAUUAUACAACUUUAUCCUACCCCUAAGAUCCUCUAAUUUACCCCGCUUAUCCCUCAAGCCCAUCGUUCUUUUAGUGGGAGAAGAACCGUCUGAGAGUUUCUUGCAAGCCAUAUGUUGCUUUCCCAUGCUUUACUAUUUUGUGGGUUCUGUGUCAAGUCUGGACGAUCUACUUGAAGCGGGAAUACUUAAAUCAGACACAGUGGUGGUGACGCGUGCAGCAAAAGCCGGCAGUCAAGACGACGAGAGAGAUGAAGAAUUUAUGGCAGAUGCUUUAACCAUUGUCAGUGUACAGACCAUAUUCAGAUUAUUUCCUCGACUUAAUCUUUCCGUUGAACUCACCCAUACCUCAAACAUGAGAUUCAUGAAAUUUGACUCUGGCAUUUUGGAAGCAGUGGUCGAAGACAAUGAGGAAGACGAAGACGCCUGGAAACGAAAAUCUGUCAAAAAAUCAAAAACAGCCACAACUAAGAAAGCACAUCUGAACUAUAUGUUCAGUGAAUCCUUCGCAGAUGGAAGUGCGUUUAGUGCCAGUAUGAUCGAUACUCUGCUGUAUCAGACAUUUGUGAAAGAUUACAUGAUUGAUCUCAUAAGUCUAGCUAUAGGCUUGAAACAAACGAUGGGAUCUGGAUAUCUGACUUCGAUCAAAUUAACAGAGGAUCAUAUGUGGCUAGGAAACUAUGGAUGUUUGUAUCAAAGAUUGUGUUCAACAACUGGGGAAAUCCCUGUAGGGAUGUUAAGAACUGAAGAAUAUGAAAAGGAAACUGCAAUGGGAUCAGGGAAAAGUGCUGAAACUAAAGACAUUGAAAGAAUAAUAAGAAACAGAAUGAAAUCUUUGAACAUUGAAGGAGAAUUUGAUAUGAGUGAACAUCGUACGGUAUCGUAUGUCGUGAGUAAUCCUCCCCCAGAGUGGACACUUGUUCCUGGGGAUAUCAUAUAUGUUUUAAGACCUGGCAACAGAGGCGGCUCGUCACGAGGUCGACAACCAGUGCAGUCAAGCUCAGUAUAGCCUUUCUGAUGAUACCCUGAAGAAAAUCUCGUCAUCGUCACUCUCUGAUUGCAAGCGAAAGGUGGCGGCAUUUUUAUAUAUGCGUCAAUAUUCGCGCAUAACAUUUAAAAUGAGGUUCAGUUGUAGCGACGCGAUAGAAAAUAGAAAUCCGCAAGAAGCUAGAGCUUCCUUAAAAAUGGAAGUUGGCUCUCUCAUGCCCUGUAUGCUUUAGGCAAUAGCAUUGUAGUCAUGUGUCUAGGGAGAUACACCUUUAUCAGUUGAAAAAUGAGGUAGGAACGACUUGGAUAGGAAUUAAUUUGUCACUCAUUUUUCUAAUAACUGUUUAGCCUUCAGAUAAAACUAAAUGGUCUCCAUUUAUACUGUAUUAUUCAAUCCUAUUUAAGUUAUUCGAACAAAAAUUUUCAGAUGCUCCGAAGCAGCAAAGAUAUCAGAAAAUAUAUUUAAGAAGUAGCUGCGAAUUAACAGUGAAACGGUCGAAGUAACACUAACCUUUCUUAGCAAAAAGCACUAAUCUCGGCCGUUCAAACCAGCUAAAAUUUUAUUAGUCUUUAGUUCUAAAGUUUAAAGUUUUAGUUUAACGCACAGCAGUUCGUGCUUUCUAAACAACUGGGAGCAUAAAGUAAAUUAUUUGUAUAUAUAACUAAUGCAGGGCUGUCGCUAGAAGUUUAAUUGAGGGGUGCAUACUGCAUAUUCAUAUAUUCGUCUUAUUUCCCGACUGAUUUCUUCUGUUAGCUAUUGUUUUCACGCUUGUACGAACAUGAAUGUAUGAAUAUUUAUCCUCCCCCCCAGUUGAGCUUCUAUAGCGGCGGCCCUGGACUCGUGUAAAUAUUGUAAAUAUUCAUUUCACAUUUGAAAUAAUUUUGAGUAAAUAAAGAAAUUUUUGGAA